CGGCCGUAAACGACGGCCGAUUUCAGUUUCGGGAAUAAUACCACUAAAUACUAAUAAGUUGUUGUUUCUGUGCUAUUUUAAUAUAAGUGAGUUCUGAUUGUUUUGUGGCGGCCACGCACGGACGAUAGUACUUAAAUCACACGACACGCAGCUGUACGCGCUCACAACAACACACACGCAUACAUACUUACGUGUGCACAACAACCGAAUUGAGCACUGUGUUCGGCAAAUUAGCUAAGCAGUGCGGUUUGGCAGUGAUUGUCACAGUCUGACAGUCUACCAAUUUGGCAGAACUUUUCGACGGUGUUUUGUUUUUGGUGCGCAUAAGAGAACGGGACACAUACAUACAAGCAAGCGAUAAUGGCGACCUAUAUGAAAAUUUUCAAUGAACGCAUAUCCGGUCUCUCGAAGGGUGUUGAUGAAACGGUGGACAGCUGGUUCCUUAUGAGCUCGCCUGGACCGGUAGUUUCAAUUGUUGGACUCUAUUUGCUCUUUGUGCUCAAAAUCGGACCCGCAUAUAUGCGUGAUCGUAAGCCAUAUGAUCUUAAGAAAGUCAUGGUCAUCUACAAUGCAUUCCAAGUGUGCUACUCUAUGUGGAUGUGUCGUACGUCAAUCAGAGAAAGUAACGUCAUCGCCUCGAUCCUUUCYAAAAAAUGUGAGAUCGUACGCAAUCGUGAACAGAAUUUGAUGCUUUACUCCGGCGCCUGGUACUAUUUCUUCUCGAAAAUCAUCGAUUUGCUAGACACAACCUUCUUUGUGCUGCGUAAGAAGCAAAAUCAGGUUUCAUUCCUGCAUGUUUAUCAUCACACCAUCACCGCACUCUUCUCUUGGGGUUACCUGAAGUACGCGCCAGGUGAGCAGGGUGUCAUCAUUGGCAUACUGAACUCUGGCGUACAUAUCAUUAUGUACUUCUAUUAUAUGGUUGCUGCCAUGGGUCCACAAUAUCAGAAAUACCUCUGGUGGAAAAAGUACAUGACUACCAUUCAGCUCAUCCAAUUCGUGCUCAUUUUGGGCUACAUGAUCAUAGUUGCUGCCAAGGGCUGCAAUAUGCCACGCGCGUUGACAUUCAUAUUUCUCGCCAACACGAUUAUCUUCUUGUAUUUGUUCGGAAAAUUCUACCGCAAGACAUACAACACGCGAAAGGCGGCAGCAGCAGCAGCCGCAGCGAAUGGUCACGCAAAUGGGCACGCCAACGGUCAUGCAAAUGGCUAUGCUAAGGGUCUUACGAACGGUUCCAUCACUGGGCGCGCACUACUCGCCGCUGCCGGCGGUAUGGGCUGCAAGCCGACGACGAACUCACUACUGACGCAUGGCGAUCAGAUGAAGCAUUUGAUCGAUGUGAAUAAUAAUCACAUAAAGUUGAUGAAAAGUGAAUAAGUGUGGUGAAAAGUUGAAAGUGGAGUACAAGGGUGUAGGGGCUAUUUGAGCACGGGUAGGGUUAUGCAUACAUACUUACAUACAUUAGUGACGAUCAAGGCGAUCUUCAACGGAUGAUCAAGUGCUAUUUGAAGUUAUUAAACUAUUUUGUGAAUUUUUUAUUUUGUCUUUUGGAAGUGAAAUUCGCUCGAAAAACAAUUUAAUUCGCGUCAGUUAAUUUUGAAAAUCAGUAAAAAUUAAAAUUGUUUUAUUGACUGUGUUUUAAGUAUAAUGAAUUACGACUAUAAUCUGCAAUGAAAAUACUUGAUAUUCUAAAUUUUGCUGAAACUUUCRAAUUCUCAAUAAUUUUUCACUUAAAAAAAAGAAAAAAAAAUUCCAUUGUUGCCAA